GCCAUUGAAUUUGGUGAUGGAUAUUCAAAUAAAAUAUUAUAUCGAACUGAACUAAAUCAUUAAGAUUUUCAAUCACUAGCAUUUUUAUGAACUCAUAAAACUACAGAUAAUCAUAAUGAUUGAACUUUAACCGUUAUCAAAUUUUCAUUAAAAGUUAAUGUUUAAAUUAGGUGUACAGCAGGGAAACAAUAUGCUUCCUUCGUAAGUAAAAUAACCGUUUGAGAAAAUAUCCUAAAUCCGGCAACUAUAGAUUUGCGGGGAUUCCCCGUUUUACACCCGCCGAUGUUUGCAAAGAUGAUUAUAAUCUACAAUAGUAUACAGUCGCACGAGGAGUGAUAUUUAUGUCGGUAUAACUUUCAAUAUUUUUGGAGGUUUAAAUACAGAAAGAGCAGUGUAGUGUGUUUGGUAAGGUGACAAAAAGAGAAUAGACAGGAAAUGGAUGAAACACAUUAACUAAACUAGAAUUGCAAAAACGCAACUUCGGUAUCAGCUAUUAUUUCUGUUGUGAAGGUGUUUUGACACUUUUGACUAUAUGAAUUAGUUUGGUUGAUAUUACAACUAUGAGCCGAGAAGCAUCAUCGACCAAAAAACGUAGGCUAGAGAGUGAACAGUCCCAGACAUCUGAAAUUACCCUCCAUUCAAAUGCCACUCAAAACACAGAGUUGUCGAGUGAUUUGGAUGACAACAACUCUGAUUCGUCUUCCACAAAUCUGAAUAACACAUUUUAUGGUUCACGCUCAAACGUUACAAAUGAUGUCCAGACACAAAUGCUAUAUUCAAGAGAAAGACGCGCUAGGAGGGCUAUUAGGAAACGCCAAGUUUCUUGGAGCUUAGAUGAUGAUGAAACUUUUGUGAAAGAAAUUCCACAACGCCCAAUUGCACAAUAUGACAAUAACUUUACUGGAACAAACAACAGUCGUCGAAGAACGCGAAGGGCAACUGAGAGCAGCCUAGACAAUCAUGCACUUUCUUAUUUUCAACCUCAGUCACCCGUUAAUGGUCAAUGUGACUCGUUCAAUCAUCAGCCAGGUGUUCCUCCUUUGCGAAGCAAUACAACCUCACAAAUUCAUGGUCAUGAAAAUGAGAUUCAAAAGCAACGGAUUAAGGAGGAACUUAUCAGACAGCAUGAUGCGCGGACACUGCAGCAAACGCGCUCAAGGAGUGUUACUUCUUUGCGGACUGAAGGAACGCAGAUUCCUUUGGGAAGUCAUAUGUAUGAGUCUCUACAACAGCAAAGAACAGCACCAGUCAUUAACAACCGUCCAGUUGAAACAGUUGUUACCAUGCCUCAUCCUGAUAGAUAUUAUCUACAUCCAAAAACUGAAACAAAAAUUCAAAGAAACAUGAAAAGUGGUUCAUUUACUACAUUGAAUAACAUACCCGGAUUUUCAGGUGAUGAAAGUUCAGCGUAUGCGGAUGUCGUUCGAUAUAGUGAAGGUUCUACUGUAAGUCAACAUCAAGUGUGUUGCUUUAAUGAUUGUAACAGUUCAUUUUACCGUAAAGGUUUCUUUGUAUUAGUGGUGCUCAAUGUCAUUCUUGUGAUACUUAACUCGUUUGGGCUUCCAUUUGUGUACUCUGCAAUUAAUCAAGAAGGAAAAGAGGAGGCAAAUCAUGAGGGGAUAACAGGGGCCCAGAUGUCAGAGAUUUGUUUGAAAUGUGAGAUGUUAAUUGGGAAUGCCAAACAGGAGCUUGAGAGUUCAGAAGUCACUAUAACGGAAGACAAACAGUGUUGUUUCAAGUCAGCUGAACAGCUAUUACCAGCUCUUCUUAGUGUGAGUUAAAUAUGUUUGAUCAUUCAGAGAAACAACAUUAGGUUUUGCGAUUUUCUUGUCCGUUUACGAAUCUCUUGGUCUGAGUAUUUUGUUAAACAACUUUAUGUAAGCACUACCUUUUAUUAAAUUUGUUUACUUUUUAAUUUCAUAAAAGUGAUCCAAAGAAAAGUUGUUUCUCCUGGUACCUUUAUAGUAGUCCUAACAAAUUUUUAACGUGGAUGCACGUAUACAAAGACAUUAUCAAAUCAUCUGAUAAAUCAAUAUACAUACAUUUUAAACAUGUGUGUAAACAAAAGCACGUUAGUGUCACAUGUUAUCUUCGUGACCCAAAUCGGUUCAUAUCUAGUUCAGGUGAAGCCCAGAUUAAAUGUCUGUUAUUCUGUAAUGACGUUUAGAUAUCUUUUUUGUAGAAACCGCACAACGGCGUUUUCAACGGCUGUAUCAUCUUUUCUUUAAAUGAAGUAUAAAAGUAUUUACUAAAACGUAAUUCAUCCUCACUUCUUUCCUCGGUUUGGAAUUAAGCGGGGGUUGUUUUACUUUUUAAAACACUGAUUAUUAUAAAGCAUAUUAUCUUUGCAAGUUCAAAAGAAAAAAUAUAUAAUUUGUAUAUUUUCCUUUAUUUACGCCGUUGGAACUCGAUCUAGUUUGGAUCAUUAUCUCUAUGGCAUAGAUUUCUAAUAAAUUAAGUA